AUGGUACGUCCGUUAUGUUCGAGAGUUGUUAUCGCUUGUAUACUCGUAAUUUCUCGGUUUUUAGUAGUGCCGAUUAAUGCAUGGUCGCCCACAGAUAGCUAUGUACCGGGUACGGUGUCGUGUCCCGAUGAUAUAAAUCUGGUAAGAGAGGCCACGUCCAUYUCUCAAAAUGAAACCGCAUGGCUGGAAAAGAGAAAUAAAGUCACUAGUGGCGCUUUGAAGGAUUUUCUGACAAGAGCCACUGUAAAUUUUUCAGACAGCUCUGAAAUUUUAUCCAAAUUGUUUGCUGAUGACAAUAGUGAAAACCUCCCCAAGGUUGCUGUUGCUGUUUCAGGCGGCGGCUAUCGGUCCAUGUUGACAGGUGCUGGUAUUUUAGCAGCGAUGGAUAACAGAACUGAAGGCGCGAACGAGCAUGGGCUAGGUGGCCUCUUGCAGAGCACAACAUAUCUAUCUGGUGCCUCCGGUGGUAACUGGCUGGUCGGUACUUUAGCCUUGAACAAUUGGACUUCUGUUCAGGACAUUCUCAAUAACAUGCAUAAUGACGAUUCUAUUUGGGAUUUGUCUGACUCUAUUGUUACUCCAGGCGGUAUUAAUAUUUUUAAGACUGCCAAAAGAUGGGAUCACAUCUCCAAUGCUGUUGAAUCGAAGCAAAAGGCAGGUUACAAUACUUCUUUAGCUGAUAUUUGGGGCAAAGCCCUGGCCUAUAAUUUUUUCCCCUCCCUGAACAGAGGCGGUAUAGGCCUGACCUGGUCUUCUUUAAGAGAUUUCCCGGUUUUUCAAAACGCUGAAAUGCCUUUCCCAAUUUCUGUUGCGGACGGAAGGUAUCCUGGUACAAAAGUUAUCAACCUAAACGCGACAGUUUUCGAAUUUAACCCCUUUGAAAUGGGAUCUUGGGAUCCUUCUUUGAAUUCAUUCACCAAUAUCAAGUAUUUGGGGACCAACGUUUCUAAUGGUAUCCCACUGGAAAGAGGAAAGUGUACUGCUGGUUUCGAUAAUGCAGGUUUCAUCAUGGGUACUUCCUCCACCCUAUUCAAUCAGUUUCUUUUGAGGAUAAAUUCCACUCAUCUACCGGGUUUCAUCACAAGAUUAGCAAGGCAUUUCUUAAAGGAUUUAUCUCAAGACUUCAACGAUAUUGCUGUCUAUAGUCCAAAUCCAUUCAAGGAUACGAAGUUUUUGGACGGUGACUAUACUACAAGUAUCGUGGAUUCAGACAGCUUAUUCUUAGUUGACGGCGGUGAAGAUGACGAAAACGUACCUGUUUUACCACUUAUUCAAAAGGAGCGUGAUGUGGAUAUUAUUUUUGCUGUUGAUAAUUCAGCUGAUAUGAGAAUGGCUUGGCCUGAUGGUUCCUCUUUAGUCCAUACCUACGAACGUCAAUUCGUUAAACAAGGCCAAGGUAUGUCUUUUCCAUACGUCCCAGAUACGAAUACUUUUGUUAAUUUGGGUUUGAACAAGAAACCAACCUUUUUUGGCUGCGACGCUAAUAACUUGACUGAUCUUCAAUACAUCCCACCUUUGGUCGUCUAUCUACCUAAUGCAGAAUACUCUUUUGAUAGUAAUCAAAGCGCUUUCAAGUUAUCUUAUUCCGAAUCUCAAAGAAGAAGCAUGAUUCAAAACGGGUUUGAAAUUGCGACUAGAAAUAACUUUACCGACGAUCCUGAAUUCAUGGGUUGUGUUGGUUGUGCCAUCAUGAGACGUAAACAACAAGCGUUAAAUAUCACUCUGCCUCCAGAAUGUGAAACCUGCUUCACGAACUACUGCUGGAAUGGUACUCUGGACACUACCCCAUUACCAGAUAUCGAAAAAGAUGUUCAUCACUCCUUUAUCAACGUUGGCCAUUAUUCUAAUAGCACCAUGGAGCAACAAGAAGAUCAUCUCAUUGGGCCUGAAGCUUCUAAAUCAUCCUCUUCAUCUUUGUCUUCUCCAAUUUCGUCAGCUACGGCAACCCUUGAGAAAAAGGCAACUGCAAAUUCUGGAUCACAUUCAUCUGGAAUAAGUGCAAAGUUCGCUGUCUUAAUGAUACUUGCUGUGUCCAUCUUUACUGGAGGGGUAUGA